UACAAGUAUACAACAACCAUGUACAAUAAAAAAAUUGGGCUUAUAAAUGUACACCGUUAAACAAUAAUGAAGUAACUAAUUAUAGCAUUAUUAAAUUAAUCUACCCUUAAACUUCGGAUCACUAAAUCAGACAGAGGAGAGAGAAAAUACAAUACGAACAACCCUCCCACAUCUUUCACACUCCCUUCCUCAACUUCCCAUGACUGUAACAUAAAAUACCACCACCAAAAAAAUAAAUAAACAGAUCUAAUUUCACACAAUUUAAUUUAAUAAAUCAAUAAAUUAUAAUCAAAUAUCUCAAAAUCAAAUCUCAAUUUUCCGCCAUUGAAGCUUACCUCAAGCUUUUUCGAUUUUCUCUCUCCUCUUCUCUUCUCUUCUCCAUGCCUCGACCUCCAAACACCGAGUUUCAAGAAUGGUGGAACAAGCAGCAAAAGGAGAUUCACAACAAUCUAACAACAACGACAACUUCUGCUACUUCUGCUAGUACAAUUUCUUCUUCUUCAACCUCGGAAAACCCUAAUUUUCUCAAAGUUGAGAUCUCUGCUACUGAUUCAAUCUCAUCGCCUGUGAAUCACAAGGAUCGUCGGAAUCGGAGUCGAAGUGUUCGUCAACUUUCGUUCUUCUGUUUAUUGAAGGUUCAGCAAUUUCUUCACUCUAUUUCAUCGAUUUUCGCGUCUUUUCUCUCUCUUCUGAGAACUGCGAAUCGGCGAAUUGCUGAUUCGCCGCCAUUGCCGCAUCGUCAUUCGUCGAAUUCUAGGUUUUAUCGUUUGAUUAAGGUGUUGUUAGGUGUGGUUUUGAUUUUGCUGUGUUUUGAGUUGAUUGCGUACUUUAAAGGCUGGCAUUUUAGUCCGCCAUCGUUGCAUAAGGCGGAGGUGUUAGGGUUUGUUGAAUUGGUUUAUGCUAGUUGGUUGAGAGUUAGGGCGGAGUAUUUAGCUCCGCCAUUGCAGAGUUUGUCCAAUAUCUGCAUUGUGUUGUUUCUUGUGCAAUCUGUGGAUCGUGCCGUGUUGAUGUUGGGUUGUUUUUGGAUCAAAUUGAGAGGGAUUAAGCCGGUCGCGGUUAUGGAGUAUUCGUCCAAGUCUGAGGAUCAUAGUUUGGAGGAUUUUCCAAUGGUUUUGGUACAGAUUCCUAUGUGCAAUGAAAGGGAGGUCUAUCAAAAUUCCAUUGGAGCAGCAUGUGUCCAGGACUGGCCUAGGGAAAGAAUGCUUGUGCAAGUUUUGGAUGAUUCUGAUGAUCAUGAAGUCCAACAGCUGAUAAAAGCAGAAGUUCAAAAGUGGCAACAAAGGGGUGUACGCAUCUUAUACAGGCACCGGCUUAUCCGGACAGGUUAUAAAGCUGGAAAUCUAAAAUCUGCAAUGAAUUGUGACUAUGUCCAAGAUUACGAGUUUGUUGCAAUCUUUGAUGCUGAUUUUCAACCAACACCAGAUUUUCUGAAGAAAACUAUUCCAUAUUUCAAGGGAAAUGAUGACCUUGCGUUAGUCCAAACAAGGUGGGCUUUCGUGAACAAGGAUGAAAAUUUGCUGACAAGAUUGCAAUACAUAAAUCUGGCGUUUCACUUCGAGGUUGAGCAGCAAGUAAAUGGAGUGUUCAUCAACUUCUUUGGCUUUAAUGGAACAGCUGGUGUUUGGAGAAUCAAGGCUCUAGAGGAUUGUGGUGGCUGGUCUGAAAGGACAACUGUUGAAGACAUGGAUGUUGCUGUCCGUGCUCAUCUUUGUGGAUGGAAAUUCAUCUUUCUCAAUGAUGUGGAGUGCCUUUGUGAGCUGCCUGAGUCUUAUGAAGCGUACAAGAAACAACAACAUCGCUGGCAUUCUGGUCCUAUGCAAUUAUUUCGUAUGUGCUUCAUGGAAAUAAUUCGAUCUAAGGUGAGUUGGACAAAGAAGUUCAACCUUAUAUUUCUUUUCUUUUUGCUUCGAAAGCUCAUUCUACCCUUCUAUUCCUUCACUCUCUUCUGCAUCAUUCUUCCGUUGACUAUGUUUCUCCCAGAAGCUCAUUUACCAGCUUGGGUAGUCUGUUAUGUCCCUGGUUUCAUGUCUCUGCUAAAUAUUCUUCCAGCUCCACAGUCGUUCCCGUUUAUAGUCCCCUAUUUACUAUUUGAGAACACUAUGUCAGUUACCAAGUUCAAUGCCAUGAUUACUGGAUUAUUUCGAUUUCAAGGUUCCUAUGAGUGGGUAGUAACCAAGAAAUCAGGAAGAUCAUCUGAAGCUGAUCUACUCGGUUUAUCUGAAAAGGAAUCUGAAGUUUUGGUAAACACAUCCAUGUUACCAAGGUCCGCAUCAGACUCGGGCCUUGAAGAGUUGAACAAGCUGAACAUGAGCAAGAAAAAUGGGAAAAGCAAAAGAAAUCGGUUGUACAGGAAAGAACUUACCCUAGCAUUCAUUUUGUUGACUGCCUCAGUUAGAAGCUUGUUAUCAGCACAAGGAAUUCACUUUUAUUUCCUUUUAUUCCAAGGAAUAACUUUCUUGAUUGUCGGUCUUGAUUUGAUCGGAGAGCAGGUGAGUUGAAGCCUUCUGUUACAAUGCCUGGGCAGUAACAACCCGUUAAGGAAUUCUUAGCCAAAGAAUCUGGUCCAUGCAAAAACAAUGCCAAGAUCUCCUUUACCAGGAGUGCGAAUAAUGAAUGCUUCUGUGACCGCAAGUAAUUUGGCAAACAGUUCAGCUAUUUAUUCAAUUGGCAUUGUGUUACAGCCUAUAUCUGUAUCUAUUCAUUCGUGGAGACAUUCAUAUUUACAGUUGCCAGAUUACACAAAUUUUAGUAUCAUAUAGACUGGGUCUUCGGCGCAGACCCUUGUAGUGGGGGAAGCUCGGUGUGCUUUGGAUUGUUUGUGGUGAACUUAUACUUUUACUGUGAAUUACCGGUGUCAAAAAAUUAAAGGUGACUCCAGGUGAAUAUGUUGAUUUGUCAAACCAUUCUUUUAUAGUAGUCAUAUAAUGUCCUAGAUCAGUUAUAAUUUGCUCUUUAUGUCUGUUUAGGCUGUCAGGACCUGUUUUAUUCUUGCUCUUCUUUAGAUACAAAAUAGGAAGCCCGGAUAAAGAUAUUUAUCGAUAGCAUUUUUGUUGUAGUUUAUCUCAUAGAAGGUUUAUUACUAAAAUUAUCUCUUGUAAUAGGAUUUUAUUGUAAGAAACAAGACAUAGUAUGAGUGUAUACCCCAAUUGAUCUUGAGGGUUUAAUUAUUAUUUCAGGUGUGCUCUACCUUCCCUGCCA